AUGGUCAUCAAGUCUCGCUGGUCGUUCCCUAUACCUAGCGUUUCCCUACCAACGUACAUCUUCGACUCUCCAACUGCAGAACUACCGAAGACUCCACUCUACCUUUCUGCAAGCGAACCCGACAAGUACAACAUUACAUUGGACAGAUUGCGGCACGAUGCGCAACGUCUGGCUUCAGGUUUGCGACGCGCGGGUCUGCAACCAGGUGAUCGCGUAUUGCUGUACUCAGGAAAUACGCUGUUCUUCCCAAUAGUAGUCCUAGGUGUCAUCAUGGCAGAGGGCGUUUUCACAGGUGCAAACCCGACCUACAUUGCUCGAGAGCUAGCGUACCAAUUGAAAGACAGCGGAGCACGCUUUAUGAUAUGCGCAGAGGGCAGUCUGGACACGGGAAUCGCAGCUGCAAAAGAAGCGGGCAUGGGCGCUGAGCGCGUCUUCAUCUUUGACGAUGGCCUAGCGACGUUUGAGGGUCGGAAAGUGGAGAAGAGUACCGAGUUGGGACAUAUUCGCCAUUGGACUGAACUUCUCGACACCCCAGAACGCGGUAGCGCUUACUCUUGGCCCAAUCUACAAACACCAGAAGAACUCGACCGAGUAGUAGCGCUCAACUACUCGUCGGGAACGACUGGUGUUGCGAAAGGCGUCAUGAUAACGCACAAGAACUAUGUCGCAAACACCAGCCAACAAAUUCACAUUCAAGCCACCGCACCGGACUACAAGGAGAAGCUGAAGAAGAAGAGGUAUCUCUGCUUUCUCCCCAUGUACCACGCUAUGGCACAAGCCAUCUUCUGCUUCGGCGCUGUCAAGCAACGCGUACCGGUCUACAUGAUGCCCAAGUUCGACUUCCUAGAGAUGCUGCAGAAUGUGCAGAAGUACCAUAUUAGUGACAUGGUGUUGGUGCCGCCGGUCGUAGUGGCCAUGGCCAAACACCCAGCGACGAAGAAGUUUGAUCUGAGUUCUGUGACUGGUGUAUCGUCCGGCGCCGCUCCUCUCGGUCGAGAAGUCAUUCGGGAAUUCGAAAGUAUAUGGCCGAAUGGGCAAGUCAACGUUAAGCAAGGCUACGGUAUGACGGAGGUCACAUGUGCAGCAACUACGUUCCAUCCUUCGAUCUACUCUGAUAGCUUCUCGGUCGGUGAGAUUCUGGCAAACUGCGAGGCGAAGAUUGUAUUGGACGAUGACGGCAAGGUCGAAGCGCCACAAGGCGAGAGAGGCGAAAUCUGGGUUCGCGGGCCGAAUAUCAUGAAGGGAUAUUGGAACAAGCCUGAUGCGACGAAGGAGACUAUGACAGAAGACCGAUGGCUGAAGACAGGAGAUGUGGCAUACGUGGACAAGAACAACCACUUCUUCAUUGUGGACAGGAAGAAGGAAUUGAUCAAGGUGAAGGGUCUACAGGUCGCGCCAGCAGAGUUGGAGGCGCUACUGCUUGAUCAUCCGGACGUGCAAGAUGCUGCCGUUAUCGGUAUUACAGCUAACGGUGAUGAACUGCCUCGCGCGUACAUUGUGCCUCAGUCGCAGGAAAGUGCGACUCCAGAAACCGCGGAGAAGAUCAAGAACUGGCUGGCUGAGCGCGUCUCCAGACACAAGCGGUUGGAAGGAGGCGUGAACUUCAUAGAUGCGAUUCCGAAGAAUCCGUCUGGAAAGAUUAUGCGAAGGCAGUUGAGAGACAAGGCUGCAUUGGAAGAUACCAAGGCGAAGUUGUAG